GACAGCUUGAAAAGCCAAUCAGAGCCUUUUAUGAUCAUGGUUGACUGACGCUCAACCAAUAGGGAGGGUACAGAGGAUUCGUUGGGCGGGAACUGUGUGGGUUCGGUUGUGUCCAACGCCUAUGAUUCACGGGAGCCGAGCUGGGCAGUUAAGGUGAGCCAUCAAAAAUGACCAAAAUGGGCUUCCUGCGUUUGUCCUAUGAGAAGCAGGACACCCUGCUCAAGCUGCUCAUCCUUUCUAUGGCUGCUGUCCUAUCAUUCUCCACUAGACUAUUUUCCGUCUUGAGGUUUGAAAGUGUCAUCCAUGAAUUUGAUCCGUACUUCAACUACCGUACGACCCGGUUUCUGGCAGAAGAAGGAUUUUAUAACUUCCAUAACUGGUUUGACGACAGAGCAUGGUAUCCACUUGGUAGGAUCAUCGGUGGCACCAUUUAUCCAGGACUGAUGAUCACCUCAGCUGCCCUGUACCACACCUUGCAUUUUUUCCACAUCACCAUCGACAUCCGCAAUGUCUGCGUGUUUCUUGCUCCCUUGUUCUCCUCCUUCACCGCCAUCGUCACCUAUCACUUCACCAAGGAGCUGAAGGAUGCGGGUGCUGGGCUUCUGGCUGCAGCCAUGAUCGCUGUGGUGCCUGGUUAUAUCUCUCGUUCUGUUGCUGGCUCCUAUGAUAAUGAAGGUAUUGCCAUCUUCUGUAUGCUGUUGACUUACUACAUGUGGAUCAAGGCCGUUAAGUCAGGAUCUGUGUACUGGUCCUCGAUGUGCGCUCUUGCCUACUUCUACAUGGUUUCUUCCUGGGGUGGGUACGUGUUCCUGAUCAACCUGAUCCCUCUUCACGUCCUGGUUCUGAUGCUCACAGGAAGGUUUUCUCACCGCAUCUAUGUGGCUUACUGCACCGUGUACUGCCUGGGCACCAUCCUGUCCAUGCAGAUCUCCUUUGUUGGUUUCCAGCCGGUGCAGUCAUCUGAGCACAUGGCGGCCUUCGGUGUGUUCGGCUUGUGCCAAAUUCACGCCUUUGUAGACUACCUUCGCAGCAAGCUCAACGCUCAGCAAUUUGAGGUGCUGUUUAAGAGCGUCAUCUCCCUGGUGGGCUUCUUCCUGCUGUCCGUGGGCACAGUUCUCAUGCUGACAGGAAAGAUCUCUCCAUGGACUGGUCGUUUCUACUCCCUGCUGGACCCUUCGUAUGCCAAGAACAACAUCCCCAUCAUUGCCUCUGUCUCUGAGCACCAGCCCACAACAUGGUCCUCCUAUUACUUUGACCUGCAGCUGCUGGUCUUUAUGUACCCAGUUGGUCUUUACUACUGUUUCAACAACUUGUCAGAUGCAAGGAUUUUCAUCAUCAUGUAUGGUGUGACCAGCAUGUACUUCUCAGCUGUCAUGGUUCGUUUGAUGUUGGUGUUGGCGCCUGUGAUGUGUAUCCUGUCUGGCAUCGGUGUGUCCCAGGUACUCACCACCUACAUGAAGAAUUUGGAUGUCAGCCGGCCAGACAAAAAGAGCAAAAAGCAGCAGGACUCCACCUACCCCAUCAAAAAUGAAGUUGCCUCUGGAAUGAUUCUGGUCAUGUCCUUCUUCCUCAUCACAUACACCUUCCACUCUACCUGGGUGACAAGCGAAGCCUACUCUUCUCCCUCAAUUGUCCUGUCUGCACGUGGAGGCGAUGGCAGUCGCAUCAUUUUUGAUGACUUCAGGGAGGCCUACUACUGGCUUCGUCACAACACUCCUGAGGAUUCCAAGGUUAUGUCAUGGUGGGAUUAUGGCUACCAGAUAACAGCCAUGGCUAAUCGAACCAUUCUAGUGGACAACAACACGUGGAAUAACACGCACAUCUCGAGAGUUGGACAGGCUAUGGCAUCCACAGAAGAGCGUGCCUAUGAGAUUAUGAGGGAGCUGGAUGUUAGUUAUGUUCUGGUCAUCUUUGGAGGACUUACAGGCUAUUCCUCAGAUGAUAUAAACAAGUUCCUGUGGAUGGUCCGCAUCGGGGGGAGCACAGACACGGGGAAGCACAUCAAGGAGCACGACUACUAUACGCCCACGGGAGAGUUCCGAGUGGAUCGCGAAGGCUCUCCUGUGCUGCUCAACUGCCUCAUGUACAAGAUGUGCUACUAUCGCUUUGGCCAAGUGUACACUGAAGCCAAGCGCCCGCCAGGUUAUGACAGAGUCAGGAAUGCUGAGAUUGGCAACAAAGAUUUUGAGCUGGAUGUGCUGGAAGAGGCCUACACGACAGAGCACUGGCUAGUUAGGAUAUACAAGGUUAAAGAUUUGGACAACCGAGGCCUUUCAAGAACAUAAGAUGAGAUAAAAGAAAUAUCCUGUGAGCGCACAGCACUGAACACCUUCCCACUGUGAUCAGCAGACCAGCUGGUCAACAAUACUUUUAUACUUUUUUGUUGACGGGAAGAAAUUUGCAAAGAGAUUCUUUUUUUUUUUGUGGGUGUGAAUCAGUUUUUUAUAGUUAUAAUGAAAUGUCUCGUAUGGAAUCCAAGGGGAGCAGGUUUCACUUGAAACAUCCUGACGUCAUGAAGCCUAAUUUGACAAAAGUGGCCAAAGGCAGCAGUGCUCAAUGGAGCACCUUUUUGAUUGGUACAGUGUGGUCAAAUAAAACUGGAUCAUCAAUGGGAA